AUGCUGGACCAGAUGGAAGCGGGAGGCGUCAUUGCUCGGGUGCAAUCCGAUUACGUGAAAUGUGUUUCCCCGACCAAGCUGGUACCAAAGGACACAGGAAAGUCGGGCAUGACAAAGACACAGGUCAUACAGAAGUGUAAUGACGAGCUUCGUCGGGCAGGAAGGCCGCCAAUGUUCAAGGAAGUACCAAACUCAAACCUCGUUGACGUGCUUGGCGAGACCUUCGAGACAGUUUCCUCCAACAAAUGGGAGGCACCAAAGACCAAGUGGCAGAUAGUGCAUGCAUAUAAGCGACUGAAUGAUGCAACCAAGAUCCCGAACUUUGCCCCGGGUGAUCUCCACGCGAAGCAGCAGAAGAUGGCGGGAAAGGCAAUGGGCUCCGUCAUUGACCUCGCAUCGGGAUACUACGCCGUCGCAAUGGAUGACAACUCGGUGCCGUUUACGGCUUUCUACGUGCCGGGCCGGGGAUAUUACGUGUAUCUGCGAAUGCCGAUGGGGCUCACCGGCACACCCACAACAUUCUGCGAGAUGGUUGUCAGCGCGCUUGACGGUCUCCUGGGUGCGGAUUUCGAGAACUGGAUGGACGACAUCUGCACAGCACACGACAGUUUCGAGGAACACCUAGCAGCCCUAACCCGAUUCCUGGACCGAGUCCGGGCCACUAAGCUAUCAAUCGCUCCGUCCAAGAUGAAGAUAUUCCAGGCUGAGUUUGUCUUCGCUGGCGCCUGA